AUGAUUUCCAAAGUCAAGGACGUGGUAUUACGAGACGAAUUGCAGAAUGGAGGCGUUUUGGAAAUUUGGGACGUUUUGGACAUUGACAUUACCAUCAACUACGAGGAUGCAAUUGCGCACAAUUUACAGCCGGGGGAUCCACGAUGGAUCAACAAUGAACUUGCCAAACCAAGCCGGACGGCUUAUUUGGACGGACAUGCGGUGGUCCGAACGGAUGCGGAACAAGCCUUUUUCCAAGAGUCCUUUGUUCAUCCAGCACUCAUGGCACUAGAGAAUCCAAGAAUGAUUGCCAUUCUCGGCGGACCGGGCAGCAUCCUUUACGAAAUUCUCAAGUGCCACACGAUUGAAUCCGUCACUUGGUUGCAACCGAAUGAGCAACUCAUUCAAACAAUACAGGAAUUCAUUCCACAGACAUUUGAUUGCAGUGAUUUACAAGGGCGGCCUGAUAGCUGCUUGGAAGAAGGUUCGACGGCUCCUUUGAAAUGGGUCAAGCAAGAUGCUAAGGACUACUUUGGAGGCAACAAUAUUGCGAACGACAAUAGUGUCUUUGAUGUCAUUUUCAGUCAACUAGUGAAACCACACAAUGCAGACGACUUGACUAGUUAUGUGGAAUCAGUCAUGAAAGAAGGACUAUCACCAGAUGGAGCACUCAUGCUCAGUUUAGGUCAGGCACCAACGGUACUUCACCCUCGAGGUGAUAUUGGUCACUUUGCGAGCUACGAGAAUUUGUUUCGAACGCUGGAAGGACUUGAUGAGGUUGACUCGAUGACUGUCUUUGAAGAAGACUUUACCCUGUCUGGGUUUACGAAUGAAAUCGUUCCCGAAACAUUCCUAUUGGUGUGCAAGAGUGCGAAAUGUUUGGAACGGUUCCAUUCCAAACCGGAAAUGAUUGAUUUGCAACUGACAGGAAGAUACCUUUCACGGUUGAGCAACAAGCCCAUUUUGGAGUAUUACGAUGGUGCGGUACAUUCGAGGAUGCAGGUUCCACCAAAAGCCUAUGAAACGAUUUACUGUCGACGAGAACCAAUGCCAAUCGAAUGUGCCUACCGAUCCUUGGACUUUUCCCAUUCAAUGUACGAAUUUGACGCUAGCGAUCUGACAAGGAGUGCCUUUGAGGUGUUGAAAGAAGAGGAGGAGGAUGUCCGAGUGGUUGCCACAGUCGACAUUCCAGAAGGAUCGUACAUCAUGGCCAAGGAUCUGUCUCAGUCCCUUCUAGUAUCAGAAGCUUCAUUGGGAAGAGUAUUGUCAGAUGACGAUGGAGCAGACAGCUUGGCAUCAGCGGGCCGCGUGUCAUUGCAUGGAGGUAGUGCAAGAAGUAGAGUGUUGGAAAUGGGUGUACCGGGGCUGAUUCUAACCACGGAGACUGCCGAAGCAUCGAAUGUUGGAUGCUGGUUUUGUCCCCAACAGAGUCAACGACCAAAGUAUUCACCCGUUUAUGAUCGUCACUUUGGGUCAUUCGAUUCAUUUUUGGUGGCCACCAAGGCGAUAGCAAAGGGUGAAGAAUUGGUUCGACUCCUCGUCUGA